AUGCCCCCCAGAGGACGAUCGCGCACCCCUAAGUCCCUCUCUCCCUCUCCACCUCGCAACAGGGACCGCCCUCCUCCAGCUGGCCGAGCCCGUUCUCCCUCUUACCCUUCUCGCUCUCCGUCAGCCUCGCGAUCCCGCUCGCCCCCUCCCCGAGGUCCCAGGAGCGAUGGUGGAUUCAAAGUGGUGGUAGUGUCCGGACUGAGCAAGAAUGUGCAAGUUGGGCAUCUGGAAGAAAUAUUUGGAGAAUAUGGGAGGGUUGUCAGAGUGGACAUGCCGUUGUUUGAAGUUUCUGGAUUGAACAGAGGCAAGGCUGCACUCGAAUUCGAAAACUCAUCGGCUGCUGAAAAGGCCAAAAAGCACAUGGAUGGAGGCCAGUUGGACGGUUCAGUCCUCAAAGUCGACAUCUCGGAGCACCCUCUUCCCCCACCCAAGGCCGCUUCUUCCGCUCGCCGACGAUCCCCUUCCUACUCCCGCUCCCGUUCUCCCUCUCUCGACGCGCCAGCGGUGCCGGCCCAUACAAGGGCUCUUACGACCGCCGCCGAUCAUACUCUCGAUCCCGUUCCCGUUCUCCCCCGAGGUUCAACCGGGGUGGACGAGACUCGUUCGGUGGACCUGGAAGGAAUGGUGGUGGGCCAGGUUUCGGCGGACGAGGCGGUGGACGAGGAGGUCGGGGAGGGUAUGGAAGCGGUGAUCGAGGAGGCUACGGCGGACCGGGAGGCGGACGAGAUCAAGGAUGGGGUCGAUCUGACAGGAGUCCCGUGGUUCCUAUGCGCAAAUGGGGCGAGCGUGGUGCUCCUCGUCGAGCGUCGCCUGAAUACGGAGGCCGAGGCGGGGGAAGGCCCAGAAGCAGGAGUCUCAGCAGAUCGCGCAGCUAUUCAAGAAGCUUAA